AUGUCGGAUACCCAACCAGCUCACCACACAAAACAUUUGCCUGUUCUCGCAUAUCCUUUUAAUAAUGUCGCCUUCCAUCUUGUUCAGCGAGAUGACGGUAUAAGCAACGGGACUGCUCUGUGGCUUGGUGCCCAAGUCCUAUCCGUCUACCUUUCUGCCGAAUUCAAGGGCAAAUCCAAGACGAUCGAGACUGGAACAAACAAUAAUAUUUCGGUUCUGUAUGAUACAGCACGCCCCAAGGCCGUAGAACUGGGCAGCGGGAUUGGCCUCAUGGCUCUUGCGCUCGCAUCUCUGGGAUAUGAUGUCCUUGCUACCGAUACAAUGCACGUCUGUGCGUCUGUUCUGCGUUCUAACAUCAAUGCGAAUGCGCAUCUCGUCCCUGGGCGUGUUCAUGUGCGUGAGCUGGACUGGGGUGUCAACUCUACGGAAUGGAAAUGGGAUGAUCAUGUAUCGAUCACAUCGCCAGCACCUUUGCCAAGAAGGGGCGAUGACGGCCGCGAUUUCCUCGCCCCGCCAUUUGAUCUGAUUGUGUCGAGCGAUACGAUCUAUGAUACAGCACUUGUUGCUCCUCUAUUCGAGACAAUUCAUGCGCUUUCUGCUCUUUCAUCCACCACACCCAUCUCCCUGCCAUCUUCACUUUCCAGUAUUGAAGCAUCGCCUGCACCCCCUUCUAAAUCCUCUGGAACCCCAACCUACAAGCCUCCAAUCAUCUACCUUGCUGUUGAGAGGCGCGACCCCACAUUCAUCACGGCCACAUUUAGACGUGCUGGCGAGGAGUGGGGACUUUUGUUCCAGCGUGUCCCCGAGAAGAGGCUAAGGCGUGCCGGUGUAGGUGUAGGAUGGGAUGCUGGGGAGUGGGAUGGCGUGGAGGUAUGGCGUGGAAGAUGGGAUGGGGUUACUGGGGCUGUCAAGUAA